AGUGUAAAGAUGUGUGUUUAAUGUGUUUUCGCAAUUUUGCAAUAAUGGAGCCCAACAACGUUAGUUACUACGAAGAAAGCAAAUCUACAAGUUCUACAGUCGGAGCGAACAUCGUUUCACGAGGAGAUACAGUGUUUGGUCGCGAAAAAGUGAUUCCCUUGAACUCUAUUGACUCGAUUUCAGUGUAUCCAUCCUUGAAGUGCUCUAGAAAGUGGUGUAGAGUUACUCAUAAGCCGUUCCUAGAUCCUUGUACAGCACGAUUUUUGGACCCUAUGGUAGCUUGAGUGCUAAAAUGGCCUAGCAUCCUCACAGACUUUACGUAGUGUCUUAGUAAAAUAAGCCAUAAUGCAUACUAAUCAGUGGCGCAAUAGGCGCAAUCAGCUCAAUUUGAGCCCUAUUCCAGCGUUUAACAUGUACUCAAUAGCAAACUAUAGUACCGAUACAUCAAAGACAGACUUGUCAAAGUCUUUCGCCGAAGAAAUGUUGAUACACAACUUGCAUAUGAUGCCAAAUCCGCUUCAAAAGAACUUAGCGGACACCAUACCCACAGCAGAGAACGCAAAACCACGAUUUACAGAGCCUAAAUUGGAACGUAAAGCAUUUCCCGAGCCUAAAAUGGAAAAAGAUCAAACUAGAACUGAGUAUUCUUUUAGUUUUGGUAGUUUUUUCUCAGGGGUUAUUAGUGCAAUAUCAAGCGGCGUUUUUAGGCGUCGCGGGCCAGCGCAGCAAUACUACGAUUGUUUUGAUCCCGAGCCGAGCUGGCAGACGGCCAGUGAAGCGGAUUUAAAUAAGUCUACACGCUCGCAGUCGCUCAAGGAAGACGCCAUGAGUGCGGACUGUCGGAGCGCCGCGGCGCAUUGCGAGGACAAACUCAACCGAGUAAGACACUUACUCAGCAGCAAACCUGUUCCCACCACCCCAAAAUACAGAAGAAAGCCUAAGAGAGUCUUUGUCGAGCCCGGUUCAGUCGAGGAAUCCUUUGAAGAUGCAUUCUCACCAGAAGACUUUGUCCGGCUCUCUAACAGCAAUGAUAUUGAGUGCAUCAGCCCGCUUAACCAUCAUAAGGAAGAGGUGAUAGAAGCUGCAGCUCUGAAAGUCAAGACGGAGGUGAAGGAAGUUAUGGAUAUCAUCCAGACGUUGCCGGAAGCUGAAAUUGUUCCUGUAGAGAAAAUUAAACACAAUAUAGAAACAAAGGAUGCUAAAGCUAAUACUCAAGUAGAAUCACAAGCACAUGUAAAACACAAUCAAAAAACUGAAUCAAAAGCAACUGACCACAUAGAAGCUAAAAUUGAAGUUAAACCAGAUUUACCAUAUGUACCUGUAGAAGAACUAAGAGAAAAACAAGAAGUUAUCGCAGCAUGUGAAGACAAAGUAAACAGACUAAAAGCUUUACUACAAUGCCGAAAACCUAAGUCUAGAUUAACAAAAACUGAAUCGGAUUCUGUCUUGGAACCCGUGACAGACACAAAAAACAAGAAAGUACAGGAUAAGCACUUUAAAAACCCGGCAAGGACAACGGAUAAGAGAAAGCAAUCGCAAUUAAUUAAGAACAUUCAAGAAGAUAUGUGUUUCGGUAACUCAUUAGACACUGAAGAUGUCUCAAGUCCUGAUAAUUCUCCAAUAAUACCACCAACUAAGCUUUGUGAUAUGAUUAACUUGCACCCAAAGUUAAUACCUGAACCGGAACCUGAAUACUUCGAUGAAGUCCAUGGUCGCUUCCGUUCUACAUCAACAGAUAGUGAAGACUCAUUCCAAAUAGUUUUCACCGACAGCCCGAAAGCAGCAAGACACCGCACAUUAUCCGACUGUGAGUCUGAAGACUCCUUCAUCGUCUUCGAGGACUCACCAGACAGCUGCUACACAUCUCAUGAUGUCUUUGGUGACUCCACAGCCGACAGUGACUUGGAUUCGGACGUUAGUGACUCUGGUUGCGGUGUGUCAUGUAAAUUAUCACACUCAUUGACUCGGACCGUUGGGGACCUGACCGAUGAUAGUUUGUUUGAUGAUACAAUGCGUGAGGAGAGUGGGGAUGAAGUGGACAGUGUGACAGUAUGUGAGGAGUUGCCGGAUUUGGCUGAGGAGGUGAACACAGGAUUGCUUCUGAAUGAGGCUAAGAAACUAUUGAGGAAACAGGAGCCACCUAAAAAGGUGUCCUUCUCCGACAAGCCUCCGAAAGUGCACGUUAUGCGAGUAUGGUCCUUCGCUGCGCGGCAGGCGCGCCGCGGGAACUGGGAGCAGGAUGCCAUGGACCGUGACAGAUUCAAGCGGAAGAUUGCAGACGUAGACAUGGCAGUAUCAUGGGUCUUGAAGCCCCAACAUCGACGCCGAAUCAUGUUCCAACGUUUCAUGCCCUGGUGGAACAAGCAGAGACGCCUGGAGAUAGAAGAGAGGAAGCGGAAGCAAGAAGAAGAUAGGAUAGCAGAAGAGAAGAGAAUAGAAGAUGAAAAGAGACUGGAAGAAGCGAGGAUAGAAGAAGAAAGGUUAAAAUCUGAGAAUGAUGAAGUUAAGGAAGAUGUUAGUGUAGUAAAUGAAGUAAAUACAGAAAGUGCAGAGAAUGGAAAUAGUGUUGAAGUAAAAGAUGGAGUUGAUAAAGAUUUAAAUAAAGUUAAUGGAGUUAAUGAAAAUGGUUUCGUAAAUGAAACAGUUGAUGACAAAGAUGGUAAAUCUAAUUUAGAUUUAAAAAUACAUAAUGGAAAUGUAAAUGAUUUAAAUGUAGAUAAAAUAGCGAAGACGUUGGCGAAGUGCGAUUUUUAUGACAAAUCUGAGUCAAGUAAGGCGAAUUCCAUUUUAGCGUCCAAAGUAGCCACAUGACAUUCUGUCAUUUUGUUAUGUAACUAUCAAAUCCAUUUUAAAAAAAAUUACAAAAAUAUUGAAGGUUGAUGAAUUGAAGAACUGUAUAUUGAUAGAUCAGGGCGUAAAAUUAAACUAUGAGGAGAUCAUAUGAAGAUAUUAUAUUGUCUAAAGAAGAAGCACUGAUACAAAUUUAGACUAUUCAGCAGCAUGGUCGAAAAGAAUCACGCACGCUAACAAAAGCCGUUUAUAUUAUUCAAACAUUUAAAUUUGUUCCACGCGCGUUUAUGCAGUUACCUAUAAAACAAAAUUCUUUUAGUUACGAAAACACAUUCUAACAUAUACUUGACUGUUUUUUUAGGAAUGCUAUCUAAACAUAAAAAAUCGUUUAUUUAUAAGCCAAUUUUGUGGCAAAUAAUUAUGAAAAAUAAUGUACAGUAUUCGAAAAUAUUAAGAGAAUAAAGUACUUAUCAAAAAAGAAAAAUAUCCAAAAGGAAAUGCCGUUUUAUGGUCCUUAUCAGCAAUUUCACUUUACCGAAUGCCAUCAGAUAUAUCGGUGAGGCCAAGGUGCUCACAAAUAUCUGAACAUACCUCUAGUAUCAAAGCGUUAGAGUGCGUGUUCAGUUAUGUUUGAGUACCUCGGCCGCUCCGAUAUAUCUGAUGGCGACUGCCCGUCUAAGCUAAGACUUCAUAGACUUUGCUGGGACAAAGUAUGAAAGUGCUAAUAUAAAAAAAUAUAUAACUUUUAUGGUGCCACCUUUAGACUCUGUCACUGAGAAAGUCUGUGCAGAGAUAGCUUGAUCUGACUAAAAAUUCCAAAAUUACUGUACGUUUGUUUAUAAUAUUUGAGUUACUUUGGUUUCUCUAAAAUCCCAAGUUUACGAAUACCACAAAAAGUAAGGACGUUAUCACGAAGAAUUCCGUAUAUUGACCCGCCAUUGUUAUAUUGUUGUCCCGCUCACGAUGCCGGCGGUCAAUGGCACUGUGCGAGCGGGACAGCAAUAGAACUAUGCGCGUGCGAUAGAGAUGGGAACAGGCGGGUCAAUGUACGAACUUAUUCGUACUUAGCGUCCUUAUUAGCUCUGUACAUUAUUUAUAUUGUUAAUUGAAUUUAAAAAGAAAUUAAUAGUCAUUUUCUAUCAAAGUUUUUAGUGUUUAGAUCGCAUCUAGCAACGUUGCGCUCUUUGCGCUGAAAGUUUUGGUUCUUCCGAAAGUUUCCAAAACGUCGAAAAGUUUCUCGGAAAUUUCAGGAAACUUUCACAGGAAAUGAAGGAAAUCUUCAUAUUGGAAAUGGUAAAAAAUUCUAUUUCGGAAACGGAGUAAAUUUAUAGUAAAAUCACAAAUUCAACAAAUAAGAAAGAAUAAUUGGUUCUUUUUUUAAUUUUCUGAAAACGCCCAUCACUUUUUUUUUUCACUUAUCAAAUUUGUAUUUGUUUCUUGUAGAUGACACUACGGUGUUAUAUUUUAAAAAUAUAAAAUAUGAGACUUAUUUCUCUCUAUAAGAGGAUGCUAAGCGUGCCUAGAAAUAUAUAGGUAUUUUAUUUAAAAAAAAACAUCACUUUUAAAAACAAUGGAAUGAAUAAAAGGCCGAAACAUGUGAUUGAAACUUUAAAUUAUAAGUCUUAAAUAAUCACCGUAUUUGUAAAAUAUAUAAACUUUAAAAACAUAAAAGCUGUAGCAUAGAUAUAAAGAUGUAUAUAAAAUAAAUAUAUGUAUAUUCCUUUAGUGUAUAUAAAUUGUAUGUAAACAAAACUUGCCUUACGCUAUGAAAUAAAAAACUUCAUACAAAUAUUGUAUGUUCAGAUUCUUUGCUAAAAAUGUUUUAUUUUAUUUUGGUAUUUAUAGCAAGCUUGUAUGGUAUGGUAUAUUUUAAACAAAAAAAUAAUGUUCAAAUGCGGACUUAUCCCUUUAAGGGAUCUCUUCGGGUCUAGAAUAAUUUUACAGUAUCGAUUUUUUUUUCAUACAAUGUUUGAUAUGUUACCAUAACUCUGUAAAUUUUAUGUAAGUUUUCUUUUGAUAUUAUUUGUUAUAUAAGUGUUGUAAACAUUGUAAAAUUGUGAUUUUCUGUAAACAUAUUUUGUUAAUCAUCAAAUUUAGGGUAAAAUGUUGAAAUUUUAAAGCAAACAGACAAACACAUUUUAUCCUAAAGUGUAUAAAAGUUAGUUAUAAUGGAAUUAUAUUUUGUUAUCUAUGGUUUAUUAAAUAUUAUUUAGAUUUAGAACAGUGCAUUUGUGACAAAAUUUGCUUGAGUUUUUCGAAAAUAUUCCAUAAUAUAAAAUACAGCCAAAUAAUAGUACUUAUAUAAUAAGUACUAUUAUUUGUUGUUUGUAAGGUUGGUAUCAUCACGUUAAAAUGUCAGAAAUUCACAAAUAUGUAGUACACUUUUGUUUUAAGUUUGUAAAAUGUUCAAGGGCUACCAUUCAUCCAACCGCUUUAGUCAAAAUCAAAUCGAAUUUUGAACUAUAAUGGAAUAAAAGAUGGUUCCAAAUUCAAAACUGCAAAAAUGACUCCGGGACUUAGGAGGCUUAAUGUCUAUGGUUCAUAACUUUAGUGUCGGAAAUCGGAGGGCAUACCGCGAAACACUAAAAUCGAAAUUUCCUCAUACCAAUGCCUUCUUUAUUACUCUUGCAUAUUCGAGCGAUAGAGAUACAAUGAAAUUUCGAUUUUCGUGUUUUGCGGUAGGUCCUCGGGUCAGAUGGAAAUGUCAGUUUUAUAAAUCCAAUUAUUCUAUUAGGCAGAUUUCUGUGACCACAAGCAGAUUUGAAAUAAGAAUUCACAUGCCUCUAUGGCGGCCCUAAAACUUUGAUUAGCGCAGAUUUUGGUGAAAUAUGUGAAUACAUUAUGUUUGGCAUUAAUUAAUGUAAGGUAAAGGUUCGGUUUUUAAAUACACUGUAAUAAAAGCAAA